AUGAUUCCUGCCGUCCUCUUCCUCCUUUUGCUCUCAGUGACGAAUGUCCUGCUGACCUCACCACUUGAAUCUGUAGAAACCCCCGAGCUGCUCGAUGACAUCGCCGUCCCCGACACUCGGACCAGGAAUGCUGACCCCUGCACCGCCAGAGGCUGCAAGUGGCCCAAAUCCGGACGCUUUGUGAAUGUUCCCUACGAGAUCGCCUCUGACUUCUCUACGAAACAACGCAAGUGCAUCACUGAUGGCCUAAAGAGCUUCCAUGGAUGCACCUGCAUUCGGUUUGUCCCAAAGAGGUCCUAUCAUCGCGAUUACAUCCGUUUCUUUUCAGGCAACGGGUGUUGGUCCUAUAUUGGACGUCAGGACGGAGGACAGUUGAUCUCUCUGCAGAAAAGCGGCUGCCUGUCUCGGUCCACAGUGCAGCACGAGGUUCUUCACGCUCUGGGCUUCAACCAUGAGCAGGUCCGCUCCGACAGAGACAAAUACGUUUGGAUUCAGUACCAGAACAUCAUCGAAGGAGAGAAGCACAACUUUAACAUAAAGCAAACCAACAACCUGGGGACUCCAUACGACUUCAAGUCUGUCAUGCAAUACUCCAACAAAGCCUUCUCCAAAAAUGGGAAACCAACCAUCGUUGCCAAAUGCAACCCAAAGCUGAAGUUUGGACACGCCGAAAAAAUGAGCGUCAACGACAUCGCCCGCGUCAACCGGCUUUACCAAUGCUGUAAGGAAAAACAACAAAUAUAUAUGAUAAACAACUCUCUAACUCCUCAGACUGAAGAGGUCGGCCUCCUGCUGCUGCUGCUGCUGCUGCUGAUCUGA